AUGGACGACUAUCCCAGUCUUGACCCCUACUCGCGCUCUCGCUACGAGCAGGGCAUCGACAGCAAGAUCGUGAUAAUGGGCAACUCAGGUGUCGGCAAGACCAGUCUGCUGCACCGUUAUACCCAGAACAAGUUCGAUCCCAAGAACACCACCUCCACCAGCGGCGCCUUCUUUGUCACAAAAAAGGUCUACGUGAACGGGCUCAAGGUUCGUCUCCAGCUCUGGGAUACUGCUGGUCAGGAGCGAUUUAGGAGCAUGGCACCCAUGUACUAUCGCGGCGCUAACGCGGCCCUCCUUCUUUACGAUAUCACCAAUGCAUCCACGUUCGAGGACAUUCGCGGCUGGCUCGAAGAGCUGAAGAAGAACUGCCCGCCCGAACUGAUCAUCUACAUCGUUGGUUCUAAGGCGGAUCUCCAUCGACACCGUCAGGUCACCUCCGAUCUCGCUCGCUUAUCGCUGCACAAUUGGUUUCCUCCGCCAAAACCUCCUCCGCCCCCGCCACCUCCGCCUGCGCCCUCAACCCUGUCCUAUAUCCGCCCACGCUUCACUUCCUUCCCCGGUUUGCGCUCACCCCCAUUUGUCACCCCUCCCACUCCCUCUCCUCUGUCGCCUGAAGGCCCUGCCUACUUGGAUCUUCCUCCUAACCGUUCUUCGGCUCUCACCCGCGGUAAGCCUGCGGCACAGGUUCGGACCAAGACAUCAGCUUCCGUAACUCGCUCCAGCACCACAAGCACGGGAACCAGGACACCCCAAUCUUCCCGUUUUGGUUCCUCUUUUGCCCAUGUUUCCGGUUGGAACGAUAACAACGACAAUAGCAGCAAUAGUAUCGAGGAAGCCGACGAAGAAUACGAUUAUGACGAUGAUCGCGAAUGGGGCUUGAGUAAAGGCAUGGAACUCUUUGAAGUGUCUGCCAAAGAUGACAUGGGUAUUCAAAAUCUUUUCGAACAUCUUAUAUCCGCGAUCAUAGUCCGCAAGGAUAUCAUUGAGAAGGAAAACGAACUCAAGAAACGCGAUAGCGUAUUCUUGUCCAGCACCAGCACUCCAGCGUGGUCUGCUCAAGCCGACGAAGAGGAGGCACUUGAAAAGGCGCAACAGCAGCGUUCUGGAAGCUGGAGCUGUUGCUAG